AUGGCUCAAGAAGACAAGUUAUUUAUCGACAAACUAGAAGGAGUUAAAAAUUGGCAAGUAUGGAAAUAUCAAAUGCAAGUUAUAUUGGAAGCUAGAGAGUUGUGGGGUCACGUUGAUGGAACGGCAACCAGCCCGGCUUUAUCAGAAAGCAGUUCAUCAAGUUCAUCGGCUCAAACAGCUUUCGAAAAAGCUCAGAGGAAGACCAAAGCUCUACUUGUUACGAGUAUAAAUUCGAAUCUUGUGCAUCUCAUUACUGAGCCAAAGCAAAUUUGGGACAAACUGAAGGAACGUUUUGAAAGAAACAUUGUAGCAAACAAAUUGUUUUUGAAGCAGAAAUUAUUUUCUUUGAAAAUGAAAGAUUGUGAUUCCCUCGAUGAUCAUCUACGCCGCAUAAAAGAAAUUACUGACCAACUGGCAGCCAUCAAGGCGCCUAUUCCUGAAGAUGAACAUAUUGUAGCCCUGUUACUCAGCCUUCCACAAUCAUAUAACACUCUAACAACUGCAUUGACUGCAAAAGGAGACGAGCUUAGCCUAACUCAAGUGCAUCAAGCACUCAUGAGUGAAGAAGAAAAAUGUGGCCUAUACAAGGGCAAAGAUGGUGGUGGUCGAGUCGACAAGGGUGAAACUGCCUUACAGCAUGAAAAGACAAGUCGAAAGCCUAUCAAGUGCUUUGGAUGCGUCGAAGAGAAUCAUGUGAUCAGAAAUUGUCCGGAAAGAAAGAAAGAAAGGGCAGCAUGA